AUCGACCAUCGGCGUCUUCUUUGUGGCCUUUCUUCUCAUCUAUCUAAUGACUCUCAUCAUUAACCUUCUAAUUAUCUAUUUGGUCUUCACAGAUUCUCAGCUUCACAACCCGAUGUUUUUCUUUCUUGGAAACUUGGCUUUUUUAGACACGUCCUACUCCACGGUGACGGCACCAAGGAUGCUCUAUGACUUGGUCACCAAAAACCGAUCGAUAACCCUUCCUGCCUGUACUACGCAAAUCUUUUUCUUUAUCUUCUUUGCUUGUGCAGAGCUCUUCUUGCUCUCGGCGAUGUCCUAUGACCGGUUUGUAGCCAUCUGCCACCCUCUACAUUACGCACAAAUAAUGUCCAAGAGGUUCUGCGCUCACAUGGCCUCCGUGGUUUGGGCUCUUAGUUUUUUUUAUUCCUUGAUCCAUACGUUGUUUUCCCUCCGGUUGUCCUUCUGCGGUCCAAACACCAUCCACAACUUCUUCUGUGAUCUUCCGCACUUGUUUCAGAUUUCGUGCUCUGACACUUUCAUCAAUAUAUUAGUCAUAUUGAUUGUUGGUGGCGGUCCAGGGUUAGGAGCCUUUGCCGUCACCUUUCUUCCAUAUGUCCGUAUUUUCAAUACGGUUCUCAGGAUUCGAACCAACACUGGAAAGCUUAAGGCUUUCUCCACCUGCACGUCUCACCUCGCCGUGGUCUUCAUCUUUUAUGGGUCAAUUAUUUUCAUUUACUUCAUCCCCACAACCAGCAAUCUGUUUACCGUGAACAGGGUGGUGUCUGUGGUGUAUGCCCUCAUUAACCCCUUACUUAACCCCUUGAUCUACAGUAUAAGGAACAAAGACCUUAAGAGGGCACUUCUCAAAGCUUUGCGGUGCCUCAACAAGCUAAACCAAUGA